CCACCGCCGACCUCCCUUGUCCUCCUCUUCCUUGCCUUCAAGAUGGCUGAGGUGGCUGCCAACAUGUUGUGGCCCUUCCCCAAAGCGCUCUGCCCCAUAGCAAACUUCUGCUUCUACUCCAGCAUCUACCUCAGCACUCUCUUUAUGGCUGCCCUCAGUGUGGAGCGCUACUUUGGGGUCGUGUUCCCACACCGCUACAACCGGCGCCGGAGGUUAUGGCGGACGAUGGCCGCCAGCGCCGUCCUUUGGGUGGUGGCAUUGUCCCAUUGUUCCAUCGUCUUUGUGGCGGAGUAUUACAGAGAGUUUGGGGUCAAUGGGUCUGAAGCUGAUGGGGAAGGUGGUUUUGGGUUGUAUGAGAUCAAGAACUGGGGAUCUGGAAUGGACAAUUCCACUCACGUUGACCCCAUUGGGCUGAAGAUGGACAACUCCCGUUGUUUUGGGGUCAACGGAUUCCAGCUUGGGGGAUUUGAGUUGACCCAACAUAGCGGCAUUGACACCGAUGUCCCCAACACCACCACUCCCAGUGGCACCAGGAAUCCCAGUCUCAACAUCUACAGCAUCUCCAGCCCCAAGACUGACCUCAACAUCUCCGCCCUCCAAUUCUCUGACUGCACAAACACAAACACACCCCACAUCCCCACCACCACCCCAUGGACCUCCCAGAACACCUCUGAGACUAAACACCACUGGGGCUACUGCUGCUACGAUGACUUCUCCCCAACCCAGCUGCGCUUCGUUCUCCCGCUGCGCCUCGAGCUCUUCCUCAUCCUCUUCCUCCUCCCCUUUGCCAUCACCGUGUUCUGCUACAUCCGCCUCAUCCGUGCCCUCCUCACCCGACCCCACAUCCCACUGCAGAAGAAGUACCGCACCGUGGGGCUGGCCGUGGCCACCAUGGUCAUCUUUGGGGUCUGCUUUGGACCCUACAACCUCUCGCAUGUGGUGGGCUUUGUGCAGCAGCGCAGCCCCACGUGGAGGCCCUACGCUCUGCUCCUCACCACCCUCAGCCCCGCGCUCAACCCCUUCAUCUUCUAUUUCUCCUCCAGUGCUGUGCGGAGGGCGGUCAGUGGGGUGGUGGGGGCGGUUCGGGGCACAGUGUGUGGGUUUUGGGGUUGGUGUGGACAAAGGGAGUGAGCCCCAACCAGGAGGAGGUUACGUGGUAAAUGAGGUUGUGGUGACUGGAGUGGGUUUGAUGGGGUGGGAGGUGAGAAAUGGGGAUGGGGCCGAUGUCAAUGUGAUCAAAGUGGUCCCAUGGAUGUGUCCAGUGUUUGUGGGCCAACCAACUCUUGGUCAGUGUUGGGUUGUCCCACGGGGUUGGGGUCAACAUGGACCCAUGGGUGAGGUCAGUGGGGUCACUGAGGUCCCAUGGAUGCAAUCAAUGCGGUCAGUGCAGAACCGUGAUGUGACUCAAUGUUGUCCCCAGUGUCCAAUGGGGUUGGGGUCAAUGUGAACCAAUGGAUCGGAGCCAACGUUGCUUUAUCCCCAGUGACACCAACUCCUUCAGUGUCCCCCAUGUCUGCAAUGCCCUCAAUAUCCAGCAACGCCUCCAGUGUCCCCAGUGUGCCCAACACCCUCAGUGCUCCCCGUGCCCCCACUACUCCCACUGGCCUGACAGCUGGCCAUAACUUCAGGGCCAUCAGCUCUUCACGGAAACCCCUCAGCACACGGACCCUCUCUCCAGGGAAGGCAGCUGUUCCCACAUCAGAGGACAUCUGGAGCCUCAAAGCAGAGUCCCAACAUCCCACAGACAUCAGGAGGUGCCCUGAACCCUUUAGACCUGAUCAUAGGUGCCAUAACCAGGCUGAGAUGCUAAUUAAAACUACUUCAGCAGCCGUGCGUUUGUGUGUUUGCUCCUGACACCGGUCUGAGUGGUGGGUUCGUGUUGCACCAGAAGGGCUGGCAGGGUGGGAGCGGGACAGUCCUGUGUGGAGGGAAUCCCCAAAAGAUCUCCUGUGGGGCGUAUGUGAAGCCAUGGGGAAACGUGUCAGCGAGGGGAAGGAGGUUGGUUGAUUUCUGCCAUUGCUGCCGUGACCAUCCAGUGGAGCUGAGCCUUCUGUGCCACCGCUGGGCUUUGCCAUUCAGAAGUGAUCACCUCCUGGCUCUGUUCAGCUCGGCAGACUCGGCUCUCUCAGGCUUUUCCCGACAUCAGAAGAACUCUGGUUUCCAGUCUCACAACUCGUCGGUUGCAAAAAGGGUUGAACUUCUCACUUUCCAAUGGCUUCAACUGCAGGCACAGAAUUCUGACUUCAAGGCUCCUUGCAGCAACUUACAACAGAAUAUAUCUAUCCAAUAACUUACAGAAAGUCCAUCACUUCAUCC